CCCUAAAUCGAAUCUCUCUCACCAUAAUUUCUCAUUUCUCUCCCUCCCUCCCUCUCUCUCUUCCACCAAACUCUUCAAACGCCAUGACCGUCGUAGCAACUGCCGCUGCUCUCUCUUUGCCCAUCUCUUUCUCUAAAUCUCCCAGGCUCAAUUUUAAGAAGAGUGUGAAAGGAGGAUUUAGAGUGUUUGCUGUGUUUGGAGAGGAAGGAGCUAUAGAAAGGAAGAGUGGUUGGGAAACGCUAUUUGAUGUGGAAGAUCCCAGGACCAAGGUUCCUCAAUGUAAAGGGAAGUUCUUAGAUGUUAAUCAAGCUCUUGAAGUGGCUAGAUAUGACAUUCAGUAUUGUGAUUGGCGAGCUCGACAAGAUGUUCUUGCAAUCAUGCUUCUCCAUGAAAAGGUUGUAGAAGUUCUAAAUCCUCUAGCCCGUGACUAUAAAUCUAUUGGAACUAUGAAGAAGGAGCUUGCUGGAUUACAGGACGAAUUAGCAGAAGCUCAUAGACAGGUUCAUAUAUCUGAAGCACGAGUUGCCACUGCUCUAGAUAAACUAGCUUACAUGGAAGAAUUGGUGCAUGAUAGGCUGUUACAAGACAGAAACACAGCAGAAUUGGAUAGCCCAUCGACCUUGCCUGGUACUUCAACACAACCUCUUGAUUCUAUAAAUAGAAGUUCACCCAAGAAAAGCUUGAACGUAUCAGGACCUGUCGAACCGUAUCAUCCCCGCUUGAAGAACUUCUGGUAUCCUGUUGCUUUCUCCAGUGAUCUGAAGAAUGAUAUAAUGAUCCCAUUUGAUUGUUUUGAAGAACCGUGGGUUCUUUUCCGUGGUAAGGAUGGCAAUCCUGGAUGCAUACGAAACACAUGCGCUCAUAGGGCAUGCCCUCUUCACCUUGGUUCUGUCAAUGACGGUCGAGUCCAAUGUCCUUACCAUGGUUGGGAAUAUUCGACAGAUGGCAAAUGUGAGAAAAUGCCUUCGACGCGACUACUAAAUGUGAAAAUAAAAUCUUUGCCAUGUUUCGAGAAAGAAGGAAUGAUCUGGGUUUGGCCAGGUAAUGAUCCUCCAGCAGCUAAUCUUCCUUCUCUAAAACCUCCUCCUGGUUUUCAAAUCCACGCUGAGCUCGUCAUUGAAAUUCCGGUGGAGCAUGGAUUACUGCUAGAUAACCUUCUGGAUCUUGCUCAUGCACCUUUUACUCAUACUUCUACUUUUGCAAAAGGAUGGAGCGUACCCAGCUUGGUGAAAUUUUUAACCCCUGCAUCUGGGCUCCAAGGUUACUGGGACCCUUACCCUAUAGACAUGGAGUUUCGACCACCUUGUAUGGUGCUAUCGACUAUAGGGAUCUCCAAGCCAGGGAAACUAGAAGGCCAAAGUACCAGAGAAUGCUCGACACAUCUUCAUCAGCUUCAUGUGUGCUUACCUUCAACAAGACAGAAGACAAGACUACUGUAUAGAAUGUCACUGGAUUUUGCUCCUGUGUUGAAGCAGAUUCCCUUCAUGCACUAUCUCUGGAGACACUUUGCAGAACAGGUAUUGAAUGAGGACUUGAGGCUCGUCAUUGGUCAGCAAGAAAGAAUGGUCAACGGAGCAAACAUUUGGAACAUGCCAGUUUCUUACGAUAAGCUAGGUGUAAGAUACAGGUUAUGGAGAAAUGCAGUAGAAGAAGGAGCAAAACAAUUACCAUUCAGCGAAACAACUUGAACAUUAUUAAACUUAAUUAACUUAAAAACAUUUCUUAGGACACCCAUAAACACAACCGCACCCCCUUCCUUUUUCAAACCUUAAACAUUCUGGCUGAGACAAAAAAAACCAGCAUACCUUCCCUCCUUUCAGCUUUCACUUUUGAAAAGGAUUUUCUCAAUUGGACUUUGCAGAAGCUGUAGAAAAAAAAGCAGAAAGAUGUUGGGUCUUGCCCCCUACAAAAUCCCCCUUGUAAAUUAGAAGCUGCUAUAUAAAUUUGAUCGGUUUUGCCUUUUUUAAUUUCUUUCUGCUUUGCUUUUGGUUCACUUCUCCAGAGCUCACCUCCUAAGAACAUUGUUUUAGGGUUGUAAAACGCUUGUAAAAGUACACGAGUAUGCUUUGUUCUGUGUAUCAUCUUCAACGAAGAAAUUGAUCAGUAUUAAUAAAGAUUUUUCAUUCUCAA